UAGCAUUGGCAGUCGAAGACACUUUGGAGUUCGUAAGAAAAUUAAGACCUCACAAACUAGAGAUUUUUUUUUUCGGUAGGGGAGUACACAGACUGCAUUUCCGAACCUUGGAGAGCUCUCGCGGAUCGCUCCAUCUGGGAACAAGUGUCUUAGCUGAUAAUUCACAACUAUGAGACAAAUAAGCGCAUCCCAACCUCUGGUCCUAGUGGUACUUCUGAGCGCACUGAGUUGCAAGACCCUGGGUCUCCCGGCUCUUUCCAUCUCAGCGAUGAGAUCAGAAGAUCUUGACGGAGAUGGGAGUGACAGCGACCUUUCCAACAGUCCGUCAGCACAAGACUUAGAGAGCUAUAAACUACUUUAUGAGAUUGCAAACACUAUCGCAAGACCAAGAAGACACGCAGAUGGUCUUUUUACUAGUGGUUACAGCAAACUCCUCGGUCAGCUUUCAGCCAAAGAAUAUCUGGACUCCUUGAUGGGGAAGCGAAUCAGUGAUGACCUCGAUGAUGAACACUUGUUAGCAAAGCGUCACUCGGAUGCGGUCUUCACCGACAACUACAGUCGUUACCGCAAAGAAAUGGCAGUGAAGAAGUUCCUCAACUCCGUCCUGACAGGGAAAAGAAGUCAAGAGGACUCUCUCUCUAUGCCCGAGGAGUCGAUCAUAUGAUGCAGCAGGUUCUUAAGCCAUCGUCCCUAAGUAGACAUCGUGAUGCAUAGCAGCGGUUUUAUUCCUCACCAAGACGUGCCCUCAGUCGGAUGCCAAACCUGAUGUUUACAGAUGCCAUUGCCAACACACAGCAAGCAACAAUAUUUGCCAAACUACCAGUAUGCUCUAUCAUAUACAGCAAGCCAUCGGGAGGUGCAGAAGAAAACAUAUUUAUAUAAAUAUUUCUUACACUUGCAGUAUGUAUCCAGAUGUUGUUAUCUAUCUAAAGACACUAACAAAUUGCAACAGAUAUUAAUGACGAUGUCUCUGCACUACAUGAGAGACUAUCUGAAUGUGAACUUGCAAACUUGCAAAAACAUUUAAAAAAUAAUAAUAAAAUAAUAAAGCAAUGAAUUCGAAUGACGUUUUUAACUAUGGCCUGCAGUCUUAGUUGUUACAGACCAGUAACAACAUUCUAUUGUUUGUUUAGCUUGUCUUAAAAUAUACCUUAAUGGAGUUUGGUUUGUUGAUGAAUGUAUUUAAACA